CUUUUCUCUUCAACAUAGUCCUAAUAUCUCUAAACAUUGUUGCUUAGUUUUGAAGCAACUGUUGCUCUUUCUUCUCUCUUAUAUAUAGGUGAUCAUCCCUCUCCUUUUCUCUUCAACACAGUGCUUUUGCUUCUGAAAAAAAGAAAAAAGCAAACAUGGAGUUCUGCAUGAACGUAGCUACAGAAGGUAUUCUGGAGGCGCUCAUGACAAAUCCCAACGAGAAUGUGGUAGUGUCUCCAUCGUCGUUGAACGUUGUACUAAACAUGGUGGCUUCAGGCUCUAAUGGCAAAACUUUAGGGCAGUUUUUUCGAUUUCUUGGGGCCAAAAACUUUACAGAUCUCAACUCCCAUUCUUCAUCUUUAAUGGCUCUACUUAACGGGAGCACCAAAACCACCACGGCCAAGAAUGCACCUCUUUUGUCUAUGGUGAACGUCAUGUUUGUAGAUCAACAAUAUUCUUCCCAACUGAAACCUUCUUUCCAAGAGAUUGUCCGAGAAAUCUACAAAACUGAACCCACCUCUGUUGACUUUCAUGAGGCAGAGAAAUUGAAGAAUGAAGUGAACUCAUGGGCAGAGAAGAAUACAAACGGCCUCAUCAAAGACUUUCUGUCACCUCCAACCCAAUUGUUUCCACCAUUCUUUCUUGCAAAUGCCCUCUACUUCAAAGCAACUUGGAAGGAUCAAUUCGACGCCGCAUUGACUCGGGACAAAAAUUUCCAUCUUCUCGAUGGGAAAACUAUUGAAGUACCUUUCAUGGUUCAAAAACAGCGGAUGACGCAGAGUUAUGGAUCAUUCAAGGAUUUCAAGGUUAUCAGACUCUAUUAUAACCAGGGUGACGAUUACCGAUAUAUGCAUGAAAGAAUGUGUAUGGAUAUCAUUCUUCCUCAUAAAAAAGAUGGACUCCAAGAUUUGCUACACAAGUUCAACUCCUAUGAUGCUAAAAAUCUACUCCAUAAUUUUGACCUUCAACCAAUGGAAUUUAGCAAAAUAUGGAUUCCAAAGUGGAAGUUUUCGUAUGGUUUGGAUCCCACUGAUCUCAUGAAAAAAUUGGGGUUGACUUUGCCUUUCCAUUACCCAGUUGCUGAUUUCACAAACAUGAUGGAUUCUCCAAGUGGCGACGAGAUUUUCAUUAAGAGUAUGCUUCAGAAAUCAUUUAUUGAAGUUAAUGAGGAAGGGACAGAAGCAGCUGCAGUCACUGCUGUUUUUGGGUGUUUUGGAAGUUCACCGUGUUCUCCUCCCCGGGUAGAAUUUGUAGCAGACCAUCCUUUCAUGUUCAUGAUCAGAGAAGAAGUUUCUGGGGCUGUGAUUUUCACUGGAGCUGUUCUUAAUCCCCUCUCUGAAUAAUUGAAAAGCUUAUGUCUCUGCCUAUCUAUGACGGGAAUAUUGGGAUAAUUGUUUAACAAAUUGGUUUUUAGCUCUUUUUAAUAUUUCUUUUUCUGUUUUUUUUUUUUUUAAAAAAAUUAUGUUUCAAUUACAAUAUCAAUAAUAGUGCUAUAGUUUUAAAUUU